AAGAAAUAGAGAAAAACUAUUACAAUUUACAACGAUGAUCCUAUAAACGUGUGUGUAGAUAAAAAGAAAAGAAAUUGUAGUUAUUUAUGUGGUCAUUUCAUAUCCCCAAUCAUCUCUACCUAUCCAAACCUGAUUCCGGUGACUCAUUGAAUCACAAACUUAGAAAUGGCAGACCAGAAUGAGGAACAAAAUUCUGCACCUACCGAAGAGUUUGUUUACAGAAUCAGUACCUCCAAGGAGUGGGAUGAAUCACACCGCCUUGGUCAUAUCUGUGGAGGACACCUCGACAAAUCUUCCGGUUUCAUUCAUCUCAGUAACCUCGAUCAGGUCCAGUCAACUUUGCAGAAUUUCUUCCUGAAUAUCAAAGAUGAAUUGUAUCUCCUUCAAAUUGAGGCCAAAAAGCUUGGUGAUGGAUUGAUUUAUGAACUUGUUGAUGGUUGCAAUAGCUUUCCUCAUUUCUAUGGCCCGUCACGAAGCUUCAGCCCUAUCCCUAUGGAUGCAGUAACAAAUUCAGAUAAAAUAACUUUUUCUGAUGGUCGAUUUGCAUGUAGUUUACUCGAAUAGGAAUAGCUUUUAGUUGGCAAUCCAACUUUGAAUUGUAUCAACAAACUAAUUGCUGCUCAAUGUUAUAGGCUGCAGAAGCCAAGCACUUGUAGUUCUGCAGCCUUUUUCCUUUUCUAAUUUGUAAAGUACAUCGGAGUCUUAAAUUCAUGUGAGCUUUUGGGUAGUUAUCGGCUUUAUCUGAGUCGUCCUAUUACCAAUCCAAGAGCCACACUGCAUAAACCGUUGUUAAUGCCUUCAUUUAUCAGGCAAAAAUGGGAAUAAUACCGAUUACUUUCAAUUGUGGAGAAUAUUAUAUAUCAAAAUAUUGUGUGGAGAUAUUAUUUUCCCAUU